AUGAAUCAUUUAGUAAUACAGAGGUAUACAGUUCCUAAUAAUAAUUUUAUUAUUACAUAUAACAAGAUUAUUUCUGUAUCCAAUGUUAAGAGAUUAAUCACAAUUACAUUUCCGACAUUUGUUUGUGACAAGUAUUUUACUAUUUCCUACAACUAUGUGUGUGAUGGCAUCAACGAUUGUUUUGAUGGCGAGGACGAACAAGUUUGUACUUAUGAAUAUGAUUCUUUAAAGUUCUGCCUUGAAAGGAAUUCGUUUUUAUGUCCCGAUUCUAAUUUGCAUAAAUGUAUUUCUGAUAGUCAAGUGUGUGAUAUGAUUGAGGAUUGUCCUGAUGGAAGUGAUGAAUCAAACUGUGAUGAUUGUAUUCUGACUCAGUGCUCACCAAAUGUUUGUAUACCUUACCAUUGGUUGCUGAAUUGUUCCACUAUUAACUAUUUAAUAAUGAAUGAAACUAGUAAUGAUAUGAGUCUGUUAAAUAGUAAUGUUUCUAAACCUAUAUUUCACAAUUUUUUAGAGUUUAUAACGUUGUGUAGCAAGACUUUGCAAGUAAAUAAGACAUUCAUCGAACAAAGUCAAUACAAUAGGUUUUGGACACCAACAUGUAUUUAUAUGAGGGAUAGACACGGUACCACUAUCGGUUGUUCUGAUUUAUCUCAUUUGUCUAAUUGUACAACGUUUAUAUGUCCCGAAAAUUUUUUCAAGUGCCGGAAUUCUUAUUGUAUUCCUGAUACAUUUGUGCUUGAUAGGGUCUUAGAUUGUCCUCUUGGGGAAGACGAAGAAUACGAAAAGAGAAAUUUUAGGGGAUUAUACUUUUCUUGUUAUAACACUUUUAAAAAAAUACAUCCUAUUUAUAUUUGUGACGGCAAGCCCAAUUGCCCUCGAGGUGAUGACGAACAGAACUGUAUAAACCCAAUAUGUCCAUCUGGUUUUAUUUGCCUGGACGGGACGGUCACUGUAAAGAAUACAAACAUUUUGUUAAACAUGUCUUCCUUUUCUCCAAACACAACAUUUUUAAACAUUUCGGGUAUUGAUUUGUCGCGAUCAGAUAAUAUGAUAAACAUACUUAUAUUGAAAAGGCUUCUGGUUUUCAUUGCGUCAAGAUGUCAUAUUAAUGAUAAAACUCAAAUUAAUGCUAAAAAUUAUAUAGUUUAUCAUUUAGACAUCAGCUACAAUGAUAUUGCGAAGUUUACCUACACUGAUUUUAUUUUACAAUUUUCCAAUCUUCGUUUUUUAAAUGCCUCAUAUAAUGACAAUCUUAGUCUCAUUCCAAAAUUUUAUUUUCUACGAUUAGAACAUCUUGUUUUACUUGAUCUUUCAUUUACGAAAAUUAUGCACAUAAGUUUAAAUUUUAAUGGUAAAUUACGUUUCAUAAAUGUUUCAGCAACAAACAUAGGAACUGUGGUUCUCUCAAAAUCUGCCGUCUAUGAAAUGAUAGACUUGAGAAAAACUCGUAUUUCUGACACAAUAAAAGAAACAUUUUUUAACAACAUUAGUGUAAAAGGUAAAGUUUUAGCAGACUACAAACUUUGUUGUUCCUAUUUCAGAGGAGAAAAUCUUCUAGCACAUCAAUGUGAAGCAGAGGAACAAACUUUAUCAACUUGUGAAGAUCUUAUUGGGGAUUUUUUAAAAAGAGUCUUGCUCUGGAUUGUUGCAAUUUUUGCAGUUUUUGGAAAUAUGAUCACUUUGGGCUACCGUAUUUUAUUUGAAAGGGCAACACUUCAUCUGACAUAUGUAUUUUUUGUUACAUGUCUUGGUGUUUCUGAUCUUCUAAUGGGUAUUUACCUUGUCAUUAUUGCCUCUGUAGAUGUAGUUUAUAGAGAAGUUUAUAUUGUGCAUGAACAUUCUUGGAAACAAAGUACAUUGUGUCAGAUAGCCGGAACUUUGGCCACAUUGUCCAGUGAAACGUCCACUUUUUUUAUUCUGUUUAUAACACUUGAAAGAUUUCUGACCAUCAGAUUUCCUUUUGGUGAGCAUAAAAUCUCAAACUUUGGUAAAUAUGUUUUGAUUUCUUUUGCUUGGUGUUUAGGAUUCUUCUUGUCAAUUGUUCCAAUUAUGUAUCCUGAUAUGUCUUUAUAUGCUACUAGUGAAACAUGUCUUGCUUUUCCUUUAAGGAAGUCCAGUGGUAGUGCCUGGAUUUAUUCAGUGACCGUAUUUCUUUUCCUUAACUCUAUUUUAUUCGUUGUUAUCGCCAUUGGUCAGUUUUUAAUUUUCAUAACAAUAUCUCAGCAUAGUUCUAAGUUUAAAACUGAAAAUCAAGCUUCAGCUAGACGAGCAGAUAACAUUACAGUGGCUCUCAAACUGUCAGUAGUAGUGCUGUCCAAUUUUAUCUGUUGGUUUCCAGUUUGUGUCAUGGGAAUAAGAACAGUGGUCAGUGACUAUGAGGUCACUCGAGAGACUUAUGCCUGGAUAAUAGCUUUAGUUUUACCCAUCAAUUCAGCUUUAAACCCUGUUUUGUAUACUUUGCCACGUAUCUCUAAAUCUUGGACGGACUUUAAACGCAGAAAGUCUUCACAAUUUUCCAGAUCUAAAAAUCCUUAACUAUCAAAAGAGAUUUGAUUAGAAAGUAUCAAAAUAAUUAAAAUGAAAGUACUAUAUAGAUUUGAUAUCUAUUUGUCGUGGGAUAGUGGAUGCUAU